CCAGAACAGUAGUGUACGCGAAGCUUGUGAGCUUGAUAGGAUACCAAUGCCAUAGAUCAUAAGAUGAGAGAAAGAUCUUUCUUUUUAUUGAAAGAGAAUCUCGCUCACCAUAUGUUUGUUCUAGUGCCCCAAUGAGAGGGACCCACUUCAACAACAAGAACCAAAUGCCUCUUUCUCUCUCCUCUGCUUCAAUAAAUAAAUCUUAAAAGGUCAUGAAGUAUACCCUCUUGGAAUUUUUUAUUUGGUUGGAGGUUGGUUGAGAAGAGAUUAUUGUAUUUUAUACUACAAACACAUAUACAUCAUAUAUUCACACACAUACAUACAUACAUAUAUAUAUAUAUAUAUAUACACGCUCGCCGGCGAUGCCAACGCCGGUAGGUACGGCCAGGCAAUGCUUAACCGAAGAGGCCGCGCGUGCACUCGACGACGCCGUGGGGGUGGCUCGCCGCCGUAGCCACGCCCAAACAACAUCCCUCCACGCCGUCUCGGCACUCCUCGCUCUGCCAUCUUCCACUCUACGCGACGCAUGCGCACGCGCUCGGAGCUCUGCGUACUCGCCACGUCUACAGUUCCGUGCGCUUGAGCUCUCCGUCGGUGUGUCACUCGAUAGACUGCCGUCAUCGAAAGCCGUGGACGAGCCUCCGGUGUCGAACUCUCUCAUGGCCGCCAUCAAACGGUCGCAAGCGAAUCAACGGAGACAACCGGAGACUUUUCACUUGUACCAGCAAUUGCAGCAGCAGAACCAGUCGUCGCUUACAUGUGUGAAGGUUGAGCUCAAGCACUUCAUACUCUCGAUUCUCGAUGACCCGAUUGUCAGUAGGGUCUUCGGAGAAGCGGGGUUUACGAGCUGUGACAUCAAGCUCGCAAUUCUUCAUCCUCCCACCAUGUCACGAUUUUCACGGUCUCGGUGUCCGCCUCUGUUCCUCUGUAAUUUAACCGAUUCGGAAUUGAAUCACCGGAGUUUCAAUUUUCCGUUCGCGGGCUUUUCAGGGUUUGAAAAUGCAGAUGAAAAUUGUAAGAGAAUUGGGGAGGUUCUUGUAAAUAAAAAAGGGAAGAACCCGUUACUGAUUGGGGUUUGUGCAAAGGAUGCGCUUCGUAGCUUCACGGAGUGUGUAGAUAGAGGUAAAGGUGGUAUAUUGCCAGCUGAAAUUGAUGGGUUGAGUUUGAUUUGUAUUGAGAAGGAGAUUUGUGACUUUGUGGCUCAAGGUGGGAGUCAAGAAAUGAUAUGUAUGAAGUUUAAGGAAUUGGGUGAAAUGGUGAAGUGUUGCUCGGGGCCUGGUAUUGUUGUUAAUUAUGGCGAACUGAAGGUGCUUGAUGAUGACAAGUCGACGGAUGCUGUGAGCUAUGUGGUGUCUCAAUUGAGUAGCUUGUUGGAGCUUCACAAUACGAAAUUGUGGUUGAUGGGGGUGGCGGGGAGUUAUGAGACCUAUAUGAAGUUUUUAGCUCGGUUUCCGACAAUUGAGAAAGAUUGGGAUUUGCAUCUGCUACCCAUUACUUCUUCUAAAGCUUCAACUGGAGGAUUAUAUUCGAAAUCUAGCUUGAUGGGGUCAUUUGUUCCGCUUGGUGGGUUUUUUUCUGCACCAUCUGAGUCCACAAAUCUAUCAGGCAGCACAAAUCAAUCCUCAACUCGCUGUGACCUCUGCAAUGAGAAGUAUGAGCAAGAAGUUUCUGUUGUUACGAAGGGAGGAUCCACUACUUCAGUUGCUGAUCAGUACUCAGCAAGUUUAUCUUCUUGGUUACAAAUGGAUGAAGCUGACACGAGCAAGAGAAUGGAUAUGCUGAAGACCAAAGAUGACGGGACUGUUCUGAGUGCAAAACUAAAGGGGCUGCAAAGGAAAUGGAAUGAUAUCUGCCAGCGCCUUCAUUGCACUCGACCAUUCGAACCAGCUAUUUCACAGGUCAGGUCCCAAGUUACAGGUGUUCAAGGCUUUCAGGUGGUGGUUGAUGGUAAGGAAAACAGUAGUAAAGAAUCACCUCUGAAUGAAAGUGGAUCAAAAUUUUCUUUCAUGCCCAUGGACUUGCGAAAGAUUUUUCCACCAAAACCAAACAUUACAGGAAGUGGUGUUUCUGAUGCUGAGAAAGCCAAUCUCCAACGCAAGCUACCGUUAGAAGUUUCAAAGAGUCAGCAGCUAGAGUUGGAGAGCCAUUGGCCUCCCUCUUACCAUUUGCACAGUUUGAACCUGCCAGAUCGUACAUCACCGUCAUCUGUUACUUCUGUGGCUACAGAAUUGGGGUUGGGAACACUUUAUGCAUCCGCUGCUGAAAAGCCUAGGAAAAACAGAAUUCAAGAUCAUAAAGAUAGUCCUCAGUACUUAGCAUCUGUUUCUGCUGAGUUUGAUGGGGUUAGUGAGAAUGCUUUGAAUCGUACCCAAUCUUCUUCCUGUUCAGGUACUGGGUUGGGAGGGCUGUUGGAUCCCAAAGAUUUCAAGUCCCUAUGGAGAGGUCUUGCCGAAAAGGCAGGCUGGCAAGAUGAAGCCAUUUAUACGAUUAGUCAAACUGUAUCCCGUUGCAGAACUGGACAUGGAAGGCGUCAUGGCUCAAAUCAGAAAGGAGAUAUUUGGCUCAGCUUUGUAGGACCUGACAAAGUGGGAAAGAGGAAAAUUGCAACAGCACUUGCUGAGAUGAUCUUUGGCAACCGAGAAAGCUUAGUUGCUGUGGAUCUUAGUUCUGAAGACGGGAUUAGCCACUCAAACUCCAUUUUUGACCGUCAAGAUUUAAGCAGCCAUGGUGUAAAGUUUAGGGGGAAGACAGUUGUUGACUACAUUGCCGAGGAGAUGAGCAAGAAACCUCAAUCAGUUGUGCUCCUUGAAAAUGUAGAUAAGGCUGAUUUCCUUGUUCAGACUAGCUUGUCUCAGGCUAUCAGGACUGGUAAAUUUCCAGAUUCGCGUGGCAGAGAAAUGGGCGUCUACAAUAUGAUCUUUGUUACCACCUCAAAGAUAAAAAAGGUAAAACAAAAUAUGCUUUCCAGGAGUGUGCAAGUUAAAUUUUCAGAAGAAAGAAUAUUAGAAGCCAAAGGUUGGCAAAUGCAAAUUUUAAUUGGAUGCGGAGGUGGAAAUGCCAACAAAGCUGAUGGCACAAACGUGUUGGUUAUGCCAAGCAAAGGAGCCUCAAAUCCAGUUUCUGCAAGUAAAAGGAAGCUGUUUGACGCCAGUUGCACAAAGCAGGACAAUAUCUUGCAGAUACCAAAACGAGCACACAAGGCUUCCUGUUUGGAUUUGAAUCUGCCGGUAGAGGAGAUGGAAGGAGAGAAUGAUUACGAAAACUAUAACAGUGACUCUGCCUCUGAAAAUUCAGAAUAUUGGUUGGAAGAUUUCUUUGAGCAGCUGGAUGAAAAUGUGAUUUUCAAGCCAUUUGAUUUUGAUGCGCUUGCCGCAGAAGUUUUGAAGGAGAUUAGCCGUAGUCUCCAGAAAACUGUUGGAUCCGAGGCAUUUCUGGAGAUUGAUGAAGAAGUCUUGGUGCAAAUGCUUGCUGCUGCUUGGUUAUCUGACAGAAAGAGAUCGGUGGAAGAUUGGAUCGAUAGGGUUCUCAGCACAAGCUUUGUCGAAGCUCGGCAGAGGUGCCACCUUACCGGUCACUCUCUAUUGAAACUUGUCACUUGUGAAGGCCGCCUUAUGGAACAGCAAGCUCCUGGAGUCUGCCUUCCGGCAAGAAUAAAUGUACAAUGAUCUUGCCUAGAUAUCCUUGUAUUUAUUAUGUAUAAUGUAGUUUUUAGCAUCUUAAAAGGUUUGUUUGGCCAGGUAAUUUCAUAAUUUUUGUUGGCUCCUUUUGCACAUUAUAUGUGUUGUAUUAAUUGCAUAUAAUAUAAUGCAUAAUAUUCUUAGUCA